AUGGGAAUCUCGGGCCUCCUUCCUCUCCUCAAGGAGAUUCAGCGGCCCUGCAACAUUGCCGAUUUCAAAGGCAAACGACUUGCGGUCGACGCGUAUGUGUGGCUUCACAAGGGCGCGUUCGGAUGCGCCGAGGAUCUUGUCAAGGGCAACAAGACGACACGGUUCGUCGACUAUGCUAUGUACCGCGUACGCAUGCUACGGUUCCAUGGUAUCACACCGUUUGUGGUGUUUGACGGCGGACCGCUGCCUGCCAAAGGCGGGACAGAAGAGUCACGAGCCAAGUCACGGGCCGACCACCUCGCACGCGCACAGGCAUUCGAGGCGCAGGGUCGUUUGAAAGAAGCCCGCGACUGCUACACCAAGUGUGUGGACGUCACCCCAGAGAUUGCCUUUCAACUUAUCAAGGCUCUACGUGCCGAAGGUGUAGACUAUGUCGUUGCACCGUACGAGGCCGACGCGCAGCUUUGCUUCCUCGAGCGUGAAGGCUUCGUCGACGGAAUCAUCACCGAAGACUCGGACCUGCUCGUCUUCGGCUGCAAGACGGUCAUCUUCAAACUUGAGAAGGACGGCUCCUGCAUCUCUAUUGAGCGGUCGCGGCUUGCCACAGUGCGCGACCUCCCAAUGCAUGGCUGGACGGACGUCCAGUUUCGUCGUAUGGCGAUGCUGUCAGGAUGCGACUACCUCCCCUCCAUCCCCGGUAUCGGACUCAAGAAAGCGCAUCGCAUGUUGCGGCGAUACAAGACGGUCGAGAAGAGUCUGCAGGCGAUACGCCUUGAAGGCUCACACACCAUUCCGCCAAACUACCUAGCCGCGUUCCAGCAAGCUGAACUCGCUUUUGUGUAUCAGCGCGUGUUCUGUCCCGAGCAGAAGCGUCUUGUCCCGCUCACCGACUUUCCCGAUGAGGGUCUUGGCCACUACGACGAAAAGUGGAUCGGUCUUGACGUUGAUGUGGAGAUUGCCCGUGGCAUGGCAUUAGGCGACGUCCACCCGGCCACUCGAGUGCCCAUCAAGGACCUCUGGCCAGAUUUCUGUCCAGAGCCCAAGGGCCAGGGAAAGCCUCCCGGGCUGAGCGAGUCCAAGAUCGGUACGCUUGACAAGUUCUUUACCCGCGUCAAGCGCACCAAGUCGACGCCCGCUGUGCAGCCGGUUGGUCGUAUGGCCUCUGGUCCGUCGCGACUGUCCGACCUGCCACCAAAGAACGGCCUGUCACGCCACGCCUCCGAACCCAGCCCACCUCGUCCGGUCGGAAAGACGAGCAAAUUCUUCGGCGGCAAGUCACUCCCGGUCAUUGAUGAUGAGCCAGAGGAGAAGUUUGACCUCAAGUGGGAACAGUCUGAGUAUGUCGAGUCUCAGCUCCAGGCUGGACCUUCUCGCACGCGGUCGCCGUCGCCGGAGCAUGUCCGCUCGCCAUCGCCCGAGAUUGAAACCCAACAUUCUGUUCGUUCUCCCUCCCCUUUUGUCUCGACAUGCCACCCUACGCCUGCGCGUCUAGCUAUUGUUGCCGACGACGAGCCGUUCACCUCGCCAUUCUCGCACAUUUCAUCCCCGGCUCAGGCCACUCCGCCUGACAGCCUGGACCGUGCUCUCGACCGGCCCAUCACUGAUCGCUCCGAGCCGCCCUCGCCAACCCCUACCCGUAUUCUGGUCUCAGCAUCAUCACAGAUGGCGACUGUCGGAUCGUCUACUGCCACUCCACUCCGGUCUGUCAAGAUGAGGAGCUUGACCUCGAUUCUCGUACCAGCAUCGUCCCCGUCCAUCUGUCGCGCGACAUCGGACAAUGCCUUGAACAUUGUCGCAUCGUCCGACUCGAUUGGAGACGACGACAUUGUCACGCCGUCUCCUGGCGUUCUAGCCCGGCGCAGAGCCAAGCGAGCCGUCGAAGACGCCGACGAUGAGGAGCGCGAGCGCGAGGCUCGAGCCCGUGUUGUCGCUGACGGCUGGAGGAACAAGUAUGCCCUAGGAGCUGGCAACUCGACACCGACGUUUGGCCGUAAGCGGGCCUCUCUCCCCCUCACUGCCGCUGCCCCACGCAUUCUUGGCGCGAAGGCACUCAACCUUGAUUCUCCCGCACCUGCGAGGGAGGCCAAGAAGAUCAGCACGCCCAAGCCCUCGCAACCUGUCAAGCUUCACACCCCAAUUGCCACAGCCAUUGCACUGCCCAUUGCCGCCGCCAAGGCCACCACUCCCAUUACCACUGCACCCAACCCCCACGGCUUGUCGUGGUCUGCACUCGAGCGCUUCCGUUUCGCUCGUCGCUAG